AUCUCCUGUUAGCAGAGGUCUGUCUUUGACAAAGGCAGUGCCAAGAGGAACCUGGAGCAUGUCCGCUUGAGAGAAGCCCAGCGAGCUCUGGCACCCGGGCAGCUGUGUGGCUGAUGCACAGCAGAACUGGGCUGAACGCGUGGGGCCGCGUCCUGUGGCUGAACCUGCCCGGCGUUCUGCUGCGGUGAGAAUGCCCCGGGCAGACCUGGCCGGUGCGGCGGCAGAGCAAAGCCCCGUGCGCUUGCUUGCAGCCAAGGCAGUCCCAACGACUCUAAUUCAUCAGCAGUGGCGUGACGACCUGCGGUGUGCAGCCUUGCUCCUGCUGCUGCCGUCCCAGGCGCUGGGAGGCAGAGAAUGCCUCAUGCUAAGUAACCUUUUAUUAAAAAUUGUCAGAUCCUUAAAAACUGGAUUGGUUUUAUGGGUUAGGGUAGGAGGGGAAGACAAUACGUUGCACUUCUACCGAGAAAUAACAAGUUUUUCCUGUUUGCUGAAAGCCUGUAAAGACGACAUUGGGCUUGCUGAAGUUACCAGGCUUCUGCACGCAAUCUCGGAGCGGUCAGCUUCUCGUCUAUAGCGUCCAUCUCAUGAGGAAAUGACUGAUGAGAUACGUGAAUCUCUAAAAGAUGUAACUGACUGCCUAAUUUUUUUCUGGUGUUUGAUGGCUCAGUACAAAAUGGAAUUAGAUCCCUGUAGUGGUGUCAUGCCCCGUACUGAAAACCAAACUGUCAUGUAUGUGAAAUUCUUUUACAGGGGAAAGACCGAAAAUAUCCUCACAAGCCGAAGUGCCAGAACUUUGAACAGUAAAUACAGGCAAAGAUGCUUAGUCUGGAGUCUUCUGUUUCUGUUAACCAUCUACAGCUAUUCUUUCUUUGCACUAGAAUAGGACUGGGAAAAGAUGCAUUUAAGGUUUUCUUUAAAAAAACCCAAAAGGGUGGGGGGCAAAAAAGGAAACAUUUUUUUUCUCUUGCCGUGCAGCAGAAAUCCCAAGCUGUAUCUUUGGCAAGCUUGGGCAGUCAAAUUUGCUAACCAUGUAGUUUAGACUGCCACACUAUGGCUAACCAAUGGAUGUGCUCCGAAAUACUCAUUUGAAAACUGAACAAACUUGGAAAAGAGAAGGCAGGGCCAGCUUUUGCUGAUUUUCUUGACUGCUUGGCAAUUAGAGGUGAGAGGAGAAGCAGAGUUAGUGCUUUUCAUUGUGAAAGAUUUGAACCAGAGUAGAAAUGCAAAUGGGAAUUGUAUUCUGUAGUAUACUUCCAUAUGACUUGAGAAGGGCAGUUGGAGGUGAAUAGUGAGGCUAAUUAUGACAGCCAGAAGCGCAGAGCAGAAAGGUUAAAAUAAUCCUCAUUUGUAUGUGGCAGCAAAGUGCAUCACAUGCUUUUAACCAGGAAUUUACUAUGAUUGAAAAAAUAAUUGCCAUAGUUACUCAAAUGCCAUAGUUAAAGUUGACUUCAGGGCUCCUGCACUCAUUCUUUCUGUUGCGACUCUGCAAGUUGAACCUUUGAAUGUUGUUAUGUCACAAAAUAGGGUGGGAAGGUGCAACCAGCUGUGCUCUCAGAGGAGACCAAAGCCAAAGCAGUUGGGGUUCUUCAAGGGCAUGUUUGUGCCAAGACAUCUCUUGGCAAACAGAAAUCCCCUAUUGCCUCGACUGGGGCAUUUUGUGUAUCAGCUGCAAUUUAUGAUCUCUGAGGAUGGAGCAAAGAAGUCACUCGGACUGUGGAAGUAUCCCAGUCCCAUGGAGAAACACAUCACAGCUGUAGAGACAGUGGAAGAGAAAACAGAUUUGUCUACGGGGAUUAUUUACCGGAGGAGAAUUGCAAUGUGCCAGAAUGUGAUUCCUGAAAUUUUAAGAAAGGUCAGUGUCUUAAAAGUGCCUGACAUCUACUUGGAAGAGGAAUCUUGGCUUAAUAUGCAGAAAAGAAAUAUGGCUAUGAAAACUCAUUGUCUUACGUGGACACAGUAUGCGUCUCUGAGCGAGGAGUCUGUCUUCAGAGAGAGCUUGGAGAAUCCAAACUGGACAGACUUCACACAAAAAGGCAGAAUAUCAGUCACGGGGGCAGGUUUGCUCAACUGUGUGUUGGAAGCUUUUGCUCAAUCGUUUUUAAAGCAAGGUGUGAGGAAGGGUAUUAAAAUAAUGGAGACACUUCUUCAGGAGCAGUGUGAGUGAUCGUGCUCUCAAUGAGCAGCUGAGGAAAUGUAUUUGCGUAGAGUUUCCUUGGAACAGCAUAUCUUCAUUGCCAUUGGAAUUCCAUGGCUGUUGUCUGAACUUUACUGGUACCAUUUUAUUGAGGAAAGAGCAUUUAAUAUGCACAGCUAGAAGAAAAGAAGACCACAGACUGCAAAUCUUUUACAAAAGAUUAAGGAAUUCUACUACUUAAGGGAACGUUGAUUGUGAAAAUCAGGGAGGAACAAGUGUAAGCUUGGAAACAGCAUCUUGCUGUGAAUUGGUGCUAUAAUCUCUAGAGACUGCGAAUUCGGUAAGGGAACAUAGAGCAACAAAACAAAAAUAGCCCUUGUUGCCGUGAAGCCACCCUUGCCUAGUCAACCCGUUGCUUUGUGUCUUGUCAAGGGAGGGGCAAGCACACCCCGUGCGCUGUUUAUUUCACAGCUUGAUUCUGUGGGGUAGAGGCUUCAUUCUACAGAAAAGAAGCUCAACUGUAGCAGCUGAGUAGGGUUACUGUUCCCAGUUCUGAUUGCUGUGUUGGAAAUAUUUGGUUAUUAUACCCCUGCCAGCACGAUUAUUUUCAGCUGUGAAGACAUGCCUCAAUACAAGUUUUGCAUAUAUUUGAAUUCUUUCAGAAAGUAUUUCUCUUGUAUUGCUUCUGAAUAGAAGAAGAAGAAACCCAGAGGGGAAUUGAUAAAGUGCAAGUAAAGUUCCUGACAAAGAGUGUCUCAUACGCUUCUCUUCCUUUUGUUCCACACACAGCAUCAGGAUAGUUUUAUUUUAAACUUUUCAUUUAAAAUUCAGAUAAGCACAAAACUGUCUUUGAUACCCUUUACUGAGUUAGGGUAAUACCACACUUUACAAAUAGCCCCAUUAAAGUCUGUGUUUGUUCUUUGUGGAGAUUUGAACCAGUUAUUUGAUUGCCCUAAAGCAAAAUGAUCGGCUUUGCAUUUUUCAGGGUGGGUUGUGCUUUAUUUUCUCAAAUGUGAUGUAAACUCUCGGUGGACUCUUCCUUAUGCUAUGCCUGAGUGCUGCGGGCCUGCUUAUUUCAAUAUUUAAUGGUCUCAAGUAUCGUAUUCUGAAGCUAAAUGAGUGUACUACUAAACAGCCCAGCCACAGACUGUGGCCACGCGCCAGCUCUCCCGUACUGUGAAUCCAUGAACCUUUGCUUCCGUGGCUGGUGCUGUAGGUUUACAGCUAGCCCAUACCUUAUGAUGAGAGAGCCAUGGCACGGUCCGUAGGAAAUGACUGUAUUUUGUAUUGGCCUAGUGGAAUAAAAUACUUUCCUUCAUCUUUCUUAUUUUGGUUAUUAACUGAUUCUUGUGAAUUUGGACUCUGAGUACUGAACAGUAAAUAUUUAUGAAAUGUAAUGGCCAAGACUAAAUACAUUCAUUAGCAUAUUUAUUUUUAUUGAGUUGCUGCUUUGUGUGCCUGAGGAAAUUAUCACAUUACUUCUAUUUGAACUGCUAUGUACAUUUUUAGGACUAGCAUUUUUAUUCUUGCAUCACUCGAUUUUGGAAUUAGGAUGGGAAGCAUUUGCGUCCUCCCCCACUCCCAAAGUAGAAGUAGUGUGUGAAUAAUGAAAGUUCAGUAAAAUCCAGUCUCUUCUUCAAAGCCUGAGUUGCCCAUCUGCUUACUGGUAGGUGCCAGAAAGAGAAGGGUUAAGACUUCUCCUGGGAGCAGGGUGCUUUUUGUGAGGCCAGGGAGUAAGGUCAGGGUGGUGGAAUCACCUGGCCCUCGCUGGAGGCGGCCGGACCCCCUGGGCUCGUCCCCCGGGGCUCACGUCUGCCCUGGUCUGCUGGAGAACAGCCCCGCUGGGCAGGGGAACGACCCCGCUCCAGCCGCAAACCGGCAGCUGCAAGUAGCUUUUGUUUUGAAGAUCUUCGGGUGCUGUGUCCUGCGUUGGAGCUUAAGUCAUCCCGCUGCUAAAAGGCGUUCCUGCUUUUCCCCGGGAGCAGCCCCCGGUCAGAGAGUGGUCUGAGGAGCUCUUGUCGGCAGGGCGGACGGAGUCCCUCAAGGCGCUGUGAAGUGAGUGACCGGGACACGGGGAUGUGAUGGGCACGUUCCCCGGGGAGCGGGUGCGGUGGCACAGUAUCGAACAUUCAGGUCAAUCCCAGUGGGCAAUUAACUUCACCCAUCUAAUUUUUUUCAGAAACAACUUGCCUUUUUUUUUUUUUUUUUGCUCUAUGUCUGUAUGUUUCUUCCUAAUAUACAUUGUCGUACCAAGAUGAAGAUAAAUGUUUUCAGAUACAGAAAAUAAACUGACCAGAUCUGAUGUCCCCUCUCAGACCAUCUGUAAGACAGUGUGUCUUGCUACACUGAUCUCUAGGCAGUAAGAGAAUCCAUGAAUUGCUCAAAAAAAAAAGAGAAACCUCCCUAUUUGUAAGUUUUAGGUAAUUGUUCAGAUGUUUAAAAAGUUCACCGACUGCAGUUGUGAUGGUUUAAAUGAUGAUUUGACUUACCCAUAGUAUUCUUCCUGGGACCUGGACAGUGGGAGUGUUGACAAAGUUGGCCUUUAGAAAUCAGUGUUCCCAGAAGUCCUGCCAGUCUCUUUUUCUAAAUAACAGGAUGGUGAAUGAAAAGGAAAUACUGUUUUUAAGAUUGUUUUAUGAAACUAGUUAAUACACACUUCUUUAAUUGUAGCAAAGUUAAAUCUAAAAAUUAAGAAAAUCAGUAUUUCAUUCUCUUAAUUGUUGUAUUGUAGAGUCCCAUUAAAGCUCAUCCAUGAACAUUUCCAUUAAAGGGUCAUCUUCUUUGUCUAGUGUCGAACUCUUAUCUGUGAUAGAAGAAUGUUGUCUGCCAGAUGUCAGCCAGAAUUCAUUUCCCUGUUUCUAGAAUACGUAUAAAAACAGUUGGUGUGUCCAUCCUGUUCGUCUCGAGAUGUUUGUCAUCUUGCUGGGUUUCAUUCUACCCCAGUGCUGAACUUUCUGUGGCUCUUUUAGAAAAGCCUUAUGAAAACACUUUGUUAUACACGGGAAGUUAAUUCAUCCUGAUGUGCAGCAUUUAUCGACAGUUGCCUUUUCAGGUUUUUCCGGCUGUGAUCAGCCUAAUGGAGCAAAGUUUUCGAAGCCUCUCGAGUGCCUCGGGAGCCUAAACCUGGCUGCCUUUCAGUGAGCUUUGGACCCCUGAAGAUGGGCUGCCGGUGCCUGGACGGCCGCGUCCCCGGCGCCCGGGGAGAGCCUCCAGCCGCCCGGCCGGGCACGGGGAGAUGCUGAAGUGGGGACGCGGGGGCUUGGUCGCCCCUCGGGUGCUGGGCACGGCUGUGCCUGCGAAAGCACUCGGCAAAGCCCCGCAAGUAUGGUGUGUGGGAGCUGAAGGGAGAGGAGGGGGACCGAGAACCUGGCGCUGGCUUUUGAAGGCAGUAGGGCAUCUGAGGAGGUAACAGGUAAAAGGAACAAACUCCCAAGGGUAGCGGGGCUGGGCUGAGAUGGUGCUCACGCUCCUGACGCAGCAGCACACGAGCAACUUCAGUCACCUACAAGUCCGCUCUGCUUGAGGCACCGGGGCGCGUUCUCGGGGCUGAGCUGUCCUGCUGUCAAAGCUGCCUCUUGAUCCCCUGCUGCAUUUUCUGUCAGCUGUCUGCUUCCCUUCUCCAGCGGCCGAUGAGUCGUCGUUUCUCGUCUAUUUACUGUAAAUACGCACAGGUCUCAAACAUCCCACCCUGGCUCCUGGCUGUGGUUUGGGAGAAUCAGCUGAAAAAAGCCUGUGAGCUUCUGAACAUUUCCUUGCCAUGACAUACGCACAGCUCUGCUCACCCAGCACCAUGGCACACGUUUUAUUACAGCAGAAAAUCGAACAGUUAGCUCCGACACUAUGAACAGGUUUCUGCUAUAGAUACUUAACUGCAACAAAACCAGUGUCUGAAUUUAAUGGGCUGCUUUGGUUUGUUUUUAAAACUGAAACCCAGUGUAUUGCAGAUGUGAAGCUGAAGUCAAUCUUGUGCAGUGAUGCCAUGGGACUGGUUACCCAGCAGCCGUCCCACUUCCCCUGGGGCAGCAGCAAGACGGAGCAAACGCCUUGAACGCCGUGCAAGGCAGCGGGUGGUGAAUAAACCACUCGCCUUAGCUACCAGCUGGAAACGUGGUUUGGGCGAGAGCCUAAAGCAGCGACACUGGCAGGCAAGAGCCAGGCAGAGAUAAGAGGCCAAUUAAACUCAGAACACUCUAAAUCCAUGACGCCAUUAUGCUUUAGUUUGCAUUAGCUGAAGAAACAACGUGCCCAGAUAAACGGUCUUGGCGGACUGGCACUGAUCUUUUGUAUUCUUUAGAAAUCAAGUUUUAAAAGUGCUGAAUAUGUGGUGGACAGUAUUUUCCUUUUAAAAAAAAAGUCCCAUUAUAUUUUCAGAGGAAAUAAAGAAUACCCAUGAUUGGA